UGGACGUUGGGUUUCUGUACAGCUCGUUUUAUGACUGAAUCUUUACUGCGAGAAUGUUUGAGUCGAGGGAGUACGUUUCGGAUUAUGAGUCCGAAACUUCCAGUAAUAUCGACCGUGGCAGUGAGAUAAGGUUGUUAUUUUUCUAUGAUUUUGUAAAAUACUUGUCUACUAAAUUGUGGUAGCCAAUCUGACAUACCUCCUUCUAAGGAUAAGGAGCUAUGGGAAAAACCUGUCAGGCCUCGUUUUCCAGCGUAUGGAAACUCGAAAGCGAUUUUGGAUGCAGAAAAUAAAAGAGCCUACAAUUCGACCAUACGACAUCACCUGCUAAACCUUAAUGCUUUCGAACGUCAUAAAAAGUUGGUGAAUGACUAUUUGCAAUAUUACGGUGGAUCAUGGAAGGACUUCCGACGUGACACGUAAUUUUGUCUCCUUGAUUACGUACAAUUUAUAUUACAGUUCAAAGGAUAAAACAGAUAUUGACGUUAUAAAAGAGCAUGGGAGGUUCUUGUGGUCAGAAGAAGAUGAAGCGACAUCAUGGUCUGACCGUCUUGCUAAAAAAUACUGGGAAAAACUAUUUAAAGAAUAUUGCCUUAUUGAUUUAUCACGCUACAAAGAAAAUAAGUUUGGUAUGAGAUGGAGAUUAGAAAAAGAAGUGAUCUCCGGUAAAGGUCAGUUCACUUGUGGGAAUGUAGCUUGCCCAGCUGGAUCUGAACGUCUUCGUAGUUGGGAAGUGAAUUUUGUUUAUCAAGAACGUGGUGAACGACGUAAUGCUUUGGUUAAAAUACGUUUGUGUCCUCCUUGUUCUGAAAAGUUGAAUUAUCGAUAUCGGAGGCGAGAUGUUACCGGUAAACAAUUAAAUUCACAUCAAGGUGACGAUGAACGCAUCACCAGUCAACAAGGAACAAAUAAUGGUGAUGAUAAUAAUAUAGACUCUUCAAGUACUUCCCCGUCCUCAAAGCGUCCACGUAUUGAUGACACUAACGAUAAUAAUUAUGAUAAUGUCAAAGCGUUAUCAUCUGAAGAGAAAUCUGCUGAUCUGAAUUCAAUAUGGUGUUGUACAUCAAGUCAAUCGGGACAGAAUAGCAGUAAAAGAUCCUCAAUUACUUCUACCGCUACGGGUAGUGGUGUUGGUACCAUCAAAACACAAGAUGAUGAAUUUGAUGAAUAUUUUGCCGAUAUGUUAAUGUAACUUAGUGAUUAUACUGCUAUUAUCACUUUUUGCUUCCACUUUCCAUCUUCCUCUCUCUUGCACACACAUUUACAUACACAAAUACCAAUCAUUCUGUACAGAUACUAUGUAUAAUUUUCUUUCAUGCUUUAUGCUACUGUUUCAUAUAGGUUCGGUCUAAACUAUGCUUACUGGUAAUUAUGUUAGCCUUAGUCAAAUUUUAAUUGCCUGUAUAUUGUGUUUUACUUAUGUACUGUUCAGUAUGUUAACAUUCAAAAGACCUUAUACUUAUCUAAUUCUGAUAUAUUAAAAACGGUUGUUGCAUUUUUCUUUUGUAAAUUUAGUACAAAUAAUUCCUAUUUAUUCUUUUAUUUGAAGUUGUAUGUGCGUCUGUGUCUGCCCUCUUGUUUGGUGUAUCGGUUAUACGCAAUUGAAAUACAACAAAUAAUCAUUUG